UGGGGGCUUGUGGUCAUGAACACUCCAAGUAAUGUGUGUGUCAGAGUGUUUGUACAGUACAGUAGGAGUUGUACAACAGUAAACAUAGGUUGUUCCUGUAGUAUUAACUUUGUUCUACUUGUACACAGAUUAUCUUAACAACUUUGUUCCUGAAUCUUUCUGCUCUCUACAACAACAAAGCAGUGUAGAAAUAUGAAGUUUCUGGAGCUGAGUGACUCCAUCAGUCGCUUCAGGUUUCUUCAGUCCUGUGUGGGGUUGGCAGGCUGCCUGUGUGUGUGCUUUGCCGUGUGGACGCCGUUCUGGCUGAAGGAGAAGGGGCUCUGGGCAGAGUGGAAUAACACUAAAAGCGACCAGACAAAUCUCAAAGAUGGCCCUGUCUUUAAUGUUGUGGAAGCACAGAGAGUAUUUGCUGUUUUGUCCUUCGUGAUGGCUGUGAGCACUGGUGCUCUGUGUCUGGUGUUUGCCCUCUGCUGGACAUCUCAGACGGUGCGCUCCUACUCAAACACUCGCUCUCUCCUCAUGGCAGGACAGGCUCUCUACCCCACCACACUGCUUCUGCUCACCAUGGCCUCUACAGGUUUCUUUUUCCUCCUCAGCUGGUCGUUUUUCACUUAUCAGCACCGGGAAGAAAUCAGUCAAGACCUCUCCAGCCUGGGCUCCUCCUAUUGGAUAGGAGCCUUAGGAUGGGUCCUGCUGUUGAUCGUGGAGGUGAUAGUCUUUAUAGCUGAACAAGCUGUUGUGCCAGACAUCCUCCCAGACUUAGAAAAGGCUGUGGAGUCAUGGCGGAUUUCCUCUCAACUUAAGGCUGCUCAACGCUCUUUUAGUGAUAGUUAUCACCCUGGUUACACCAACCUACAGAGGUAUAUGUCAGUACCUUGAGUGGAGUGCAGAAAUAAGGACAAUGAAUGUGGAUGUGUAAGGUACACAUGAAUGCACAAAGACUGGAUGAGAAACCAGCGAUUCCUUGUUACUUUAUAGAUCUACACAACCAGACUGAAUAUUGAUUAGCUGUGUUUGGAGCUAAGUGUUGGCUAGAGGAAUGGAGAUCCUGAAUCCUGGAAGUUGCUGGGACUGAAGGCUCCAGCUUCUGUUGAAUGACCAGCUGAAGCUGGACCCAACUGAAAUGAAAUAUAAACACACUAAGGACCAAGAAUGCAGGCUGGGACGAUGAGAAUUGUGACAUGUAGGGUGGUGUUUACAAGUCUUGAAUUUCAUAAAUGCAUGUAAAUAUUUUUAUGUACACAAAACAUUCGAGUAGGGUCUGAAUUACUGAAAGGUUCAGUAGGUGCUGCAACGUAGUUGAUCAAGCUUUAAAAUAGCGCCAUCUUGUGAUGAUAAUGUGACACUUUUGAAAGUAUUUGUUGAAAGGUGAGCUACAGCUUUAUGAUGUACAGGGACUUCUUGAUUUUUAUACUAAUUGUCUUCCUAUGUUGUUUUCUUAUCAAAGAUUUCCUGUUUGCCAACAGUCAUAUGGAUCCCAAAAUACACUGAAUGUACAGUAUGUUCAACAAAGUUUAGCUUGACUAUGCUGAUUAUCUGCUGUCCAGAGCCAAAUAAAAGUUUUAAGUGUA